UAAUAUUUAUUUGUACCCGGUCAAGUUCUACUGUAAUCAGAUAAACAAAACCUAGCAUCUUUAGCAACAGAACGGCGCUCCAUUUCCCCUAGCACAUUGAGCACAUUGAGCACAAUGUAAAACCUAGUACAUUGAGCAACAUAGCUUCUCCUCAUUUCCCCUGUUUUGUGCCCAACGACGUCAACCCUGCCCAGCGGAAUGAACCGUCCGAGUCAACUCUAAUCAGACAAACGAAAUUCGAACCUAGCAUCUUCAGUACAAGAACCGCUCUCCAAUUCCGCCAUUUUGUACCUAAACGUCAUCAACGUUGCCCCGUGAAAUGGACCGCGAUAACGCCGUGUACGUUCGGGGCAGCGAUCAACGGAUGCGGUAUGGGCGUGUGGUAGACGUGGCAGAUAACGGACUCAUCAUCGAUCUGCUCUGUCGCAACCACCGACGUGAAUACGCGCCAUUCAGCAGCGUCUUUCUUCCCCAUCUAACCAGCUCCAAAGAUCUGACCUGUUUGUAUACUCUGCAGCAAUCCGCCCCGCAACAUUUGUUCACUCUGUACCCGCUGGAGGUCCUCGUGCCCGAGACGCCCUCCGGUCCGUGGAUCUGGCUGCCGGGAAAAAUAAGCUGCCAGGGACCAUGGGAUAAGGCUGGAGGAGCCAUUGUCCGAUGGCGGAGUCCGGACAGCGGCGCGCUGUGCAGCGAUUUCAUCCCCGCCCAACGCCUUCGUUCCGUUCCGGAUGCCAACGUUCCAGCCGUCCAGCAGGGCUCAUUUAUUAAGCGCAGCGUGGAUCUAGGCAAGAAAUAUCGCUCACUGACCACCGAAGAGUCUGGGGCGCUUGUCAAACGGCUGAAUAGUUACAGUCUGUGCCUCCUUUCCCCAGUUUUCAUGGUUGAACUGGUGGAUGGCAAGUUGCAUUACAUUUACAAGCUUGGUAAUGCAGAAAGGAGUAUUUCACCCAGGAAGGUUUUGUCGAAAUUUGUUAUCCCAUUCCAUAAGCAGUUGCUCAAAAUCGUUAAAUAUCCUCUUACUACUCUGGUUAACGACAACGGCAAGACAUUGGCGUUACCGGCCCAACAUCUGGUCGGUCAUGCAGAAAGGUCAACCGCAUCGGAUGGCGGUACUUCGGAAAGGGAUGACCGUUUCCAUAAAAAGUUUUUCCGGUUGUUCAGGCGUUCAGCUGAAAAAAGUAAGCCUGAGGCGAAGGAAAUCGGUGUGACGAUGCCGUUACCGGCCGAAUUGUGGCAGGAGGUCUUCUCCCACUUGGACACCGUGACACAGACAAAGCUGCGCGUUGUUUGCGUCACGUGGAAUCGGCUCCUGGAUGCGCCAGCCUUGCGUUCCACGCUUGUCAUCCGCGAUAAUUAUAAGGAGGGCAGAUUCGGCCAUUAUCCAUCCCUAGCGUCUAUUUUUAAAUGCUUGCUACCAGGUAUAGAACGCAUUGUCAUAACACACCUUCAGGAAACAGAAGGAAUGAGCAGGCACUAUGCGCGGAUGGUUUUCGACCUGAUCCAGUAUGCGGUGGAUCACCAGCUCGGCAACCGCCUGCGUACCGUGCAUCUGCACCGCGUCAGACUGCAGUUUCUGCUUAGUUGCCGAGCCGAAUGCGCCAUGCAUCAGUCGGCGGAACACACGUACUACUGGCUGCAGAAGUUCACUGCGAAAUACCAGCGUUGGCACUGCCAUACUGUCCACCUAGUCGACUGCGUGGUGGUGUUGGACUGUGAGUUUUACACCGCUCCGCCGCGGGGAUUUAAAGCGCACUCGAAGAUUAAUAUCGGUACCUUGAGAUUGCCGGGAAAUGAUGAUUGCAGUGGUCGCGAAUUCUGGGAUGCGUUAGAGGCGGCACUGCCGCUACCCCAUGAGCAGGAGCUGAGAAAGCUAUUUCACUGGCUGACGGUGUGUCGGGAUUCCAGUACACAGUUCUACUUCGAGAAAGCCGUAUGCAAGAUACUGUGUGCAACGCAGUCAUUUGAUCCGCGUCCAUGGUCGCAUUACAGAGGGAAGCUGUGGUGCUUGGAGGGCCUGCGCGAUUUGCAGUUGAAGAAGCUGUCGCGUGUAACCUUGUACUUCCUAGUUGAAGUGCAAAAACAAACGGCGGCGCGGGGACUGUGGCUGCUGUGAGGGUCGGCAGACACUGCACAGUCUUGAUAAGUGGCUACAAUAGCACAUGUGCCGCUUUGGUCAAUGCUAAGCGCCGUUCGAGCGGAAAUUAACCACUUACAAAUAGUUAUAUCGUUCACUUUAAUUUAUAUUACUGUCGUUCCACAAAGUUGUUUUGCUUUUAUUUGCUAUCAGUGACUCUAUUAACUGAUUUGGAGCCACAAGAUGCAAUUUAUGUACAGGCCGUGUACCCGGGUACACUUGCUAAGGCUUCGCUAAACAGACGAAAAAUAAUGAA